ACCCGUUCUCCUCGCAAUAGCCUGAACACAACUCUCUCUUGAGAACAUUCAGAUUUAUGUGCACGUCUAGUACAAUAAUCCUAUACGAUAGUACCAAGCUAAACUCCAAGUAAGGUAUUACUGCCGAAGGCGGCACUUUCAAGUAAGAUUAGAUCUGCGGUACGUGGCAUCUCGCUCGGAGAUCGUGUCCUCGACCAUUCAAGUUGUGAACUUGAACUCGACACUACACGUUCACUAUGUCGCAGAGGCGGAAACACAAGGCAAGAAAGGCUAGCUUCAUUGCUUUUGGCCUUAUUGCGCUGGCCGCUGCUUCAAAUGCAGCAGCCAGUGCUGAGGAUGUCUUCAUUCAUGAUAACAAACCAGACCAGGUCAUGGACCCUGCAGUCGAAGCUGCCCGAGCGUACGAGCGAGCUAUGGCCACGCUCUCACAUUUAAGCAGCCUCCCUCCAACACAAGCACACGACCGACAACCUGGGGGAUUCUCCAGCCUUACUUCACCAAAUUCCCUUCUCUCCUCUUUUCUACCAAAUAUUCAAGGCCAAGGUCCUAUUGCGAGUGCCAUGCGAAUAGCCAUUCGGCUGAGAAAUCAAUCAUGGUUGCCUCAGUUUGUCACAAACUACAUCAAUAAAGAAGGAAUAGCUGGAAGGAGACGAGAUGAGGAGUUGCGAGGAAAGGCCGUCAAGGUGAUUGACCUUUUGCAGCAUGCGUCUGAGCUUGGCCAUACGGAUGCAUUGUACACUCUCGCUCACAUCUCUCUGCUUCCACCGAAUUCCUACUUUCCUCACGACCCUUCACUGAGUUACAGCGCUUUCUCUGAGCAUGCCCAAAUCACGGGGAAUGCGACAUCUCAAGCCGUUCUCGGUUUCUUCUACGCUACAGGAUACCACGACAUACUGCCUGUUGACCAAGCGAAAGCUCAACUAUACCUUACCUUUGCGGCACAUGGAGGUCACAGAGGUGCACAAAUGGCCCUUGGAUAUAGGUAUUGGAGUGGCAUAGGUGUCGCAGAGGAUUGUAUGAAUGCGCUGACUUGGUAUGAAGAUGCUGCUGAGCAAGCUGUGGCAAAAUUCCUAUCAGGACCGCCUGGCGGUAGGACGCUACCUCUUGCUUCGCCUCGCUUGUCCGACUUGGAGGGUGGCGUGUACGGUCCAGGUGCCAGUGUGGCAUCCACUGGCAUGAAUGCUGGGCGAGCCGUGAUCAAGACUGCCAAUGCUCGGGCCGCCGGGGAGACCUGGGAAGACCUGCUGGAAUACUACUUAUUCAAUGCCGACAGAGGUGAAGUUGACUUUGCAUUUCGUCUUGGAAAGAUUUUCUACCAAGGAAGUAUCUACGGUUCCCCCGGUGGUAUCGCGUCGGGCGGUGAUGGGGCAAGCCCUGUUCCUCGCGACUUCCACCGUGCGCGCCAUUAUUUCCUCGGUAUUGCGCGUCAGGUUUGGCCUGCGGACCCUGCCAAUCCCCGACAUAUUCAGCAUGCCAGUAAAGAAGAUCUUCCGCCCACAGCGGGAUACGCAGCCCUCGCAGCAGGCUACCUUGGGCGAAUGUACCUCAGAGGUGAAGGCGUCAAACAAGAUCCGGUGCUAGCCCGGAUGUGGUUUGAACGUGGUGCUGACUAUGGUGACAAGGAGAGUCAUAAUGGUCUUGGUAUUAUCUGCCGCGACGGGCUAGUGGAUGGCAAGAAGGACAUCAAAAAGGCCCUGACUCAUUUUGGUGCGGCCGCCACCCAGGAACUCGCGGAAGCCCAUGUACAUCUCGGCAAAUAUCACUGGUCGGUCGGAGAGGUGAAAUUGGCGACUGUGUAUUUUGAACAGGCUGUCCGAUUAGGUUCACCUUUCGAGCCAUAUUACUAUUUGGCAGAACUGCAAGCUAGGCAAACUAAGAACCCUUUAAUCCCACGGAAUAUCGCCGGCAGCUCCUGUGCCAUAGCUGUUUCCUUCUAUAAGCUUGUUGCCGAGCGGGGCUCAUGGGAUGAAGAUCUUUUGAGGGAUGCAGAAAGCCAAUGGCGGUUGGGCACUGAUAGAGGGAGAGAAAUGGCCAUGCUUCGGUGGUGGAUUGCCUCCGAGAGAGGAUACGAAGUUGCACAAAAUAAUCUGGCUUUCGUUUUGGAUCAAGACAAGAGCGUCUUGCGAUUCACCAGGUUCUCACCCAUCUCUCCGUCAAAUGACACUGCACGUUUGGCCCUAACUCAAUGGAUACGUUCCGCGGCCCAGCGGAAUGUCGACUCGUUGGUCAAAGUUGGAGACUAUUAUUAUCAUGGGCUAGGUGUGCCAGACGAACCCGAGAGUAUCCGCUAUGAAAAGGCUGUAGGCUACUAUCAGUCUGCUGCUGAUACGCAAAUGAGCGCACUCGCAAUGUGGAACCUGGGUUACAUGUAUGAGAACGGCAAGGGUGUCCCACAAGACUUCCACCUUGCGAAACGUCAUUAUGAUCAGGCUAUGGAGACGAAUCAAGAGGCUUACCUGCCAGUGGUUAUGUCGCUAAUCAAAUUGCACGCUCGGAGUCUAUGGCACACAUUGCUCGGAGGAUCUAACGGGCUUGACUUUUGGGGAAACGAUGCUGAGAGCGGUCAAUCGUAUUACACUGAUAGUUCAGGUCGUGAAAUUGAAGACGGUCGACGCAGCGAUCAUCGCGAAGGUUCUCCAGGUCACGAUACUUCAUCUGAUGAUAACAACGAUGGACAUUGGUACAUCGGAAAAGCCCGCGAGGAGUUCAACCGCCGCCGUGGUCAGGACCAUGCAGGCGAAGAUGACCCUGUACAGGUGAGUGCAACGAAAGAUCCUUAUAACCUGUCCUUGACACCCUUGAUUAAAUAUUCAACCACAGUGGGCGAGAGAUAGGCGACAUGCAGAAAACGAUCGCGAUAGCGAUUUUGGGCCCGAAGAUUAUUUCGAGGGGGCCAUGAGAGGCGGUCAUCGUGGUGAGGAAGAGGUCGACGAAUUCGCGGAAACGAUGUUAUUGGUCAUACUCUGCAUCGCUGUUUCUACACUGCUAUUUAUUCGUGGACGGUGGGUAGAACGGAUGCGCAGAGAACAGGAAGAGCAACAGCGGCAACAGCAGCCAGGAGGUCAGCCUGCCGCGGGAGGAUUAUACCCACCACCGGGAGAUCCUGCACGCAACAAUUGGGGCAUUUUGCGAUGACAGGGCUGUGUAGUUGUAGAUGUCAUAUAUAUUUGAAUGUCAUACGGCGUGUGAGUCUUGGUUCCGUCGCAAGAUAGGGCCAAGCCCAAGCC